AAAAUGACACAAAGCCAAAAAAAGAUUUCCAAAUGUGCUACACGCGCCAAGCCCGCGGCCAGGACGGCGCCGACCUCUCGUUCGACGUACUUCUGAACGACCAAGACUACGCACUCCUCGUGCAGCGCGUCGCCGACGACCCAAACAACGUCGGUCUCGCGAUCGCUGGCUUUAUCGCAAUGCAACGCGCCGUGACCGAAGCCAAAGAUGCGGAAGCGACGGCCAAGCGCCUCGGGUCAGCUGGUGCGUGUGCGUUGGCGCUGCAGAUCUUGCGCGCGCUUGAGCCGCUCGAAGAGGUCCAGUUCUUUGGCUGCCAAGCGCUGCGGGCCCUGAGCGCGUCGCCCCGCAACAUUUUUCGCCUCGAGGCGUUGCGUGUCGCCGACCAUCUGCACGCUCUCCUCGUGGCCUACCCCGCCAGUGCGCGGGUCGUCGGCGAGGUCCACUGGACGCUGGAUGUGCUUUUGACGGCGAGCGAGCCGCUCGCAUUGCGGUGGUAUACGACCUUGGAUGGCAUCCCGCUGCAGCUUUCCGUGCUUACUCGGUACAUGGACGAGCCACUCGCGCAGAGCCAUGGCUGCCGUGUCUUUGGCGCGAUCGCACGGCGUUUCAAGCACCGGCUAAGCACGGAGCAUGUUGCCGACAUGGGCAAUCACGCAGUAAGUGCGGUCGUGACCCACGUUGCGUCACACGAGGUGGUCACCGCGGGCGUCGCUUUUAUUGAGCUGGUGUGCGACAAAGAUGCUAGACUCUUCUUUCAAGACGCAGCGUGGUUCCGCACGGUCUUUGCAACCCACUUGAAGCAGCCAUGCGUGCUUGCCGAGGUGACGCACCUUUACCGCACGCUGUGCCACGCGUCGCCGGCCUUAGCUUGCGAGCUGGCCAUCGCGGGCGGCUGGUCCUGUGUCCAAGACGCCCUGCGCUGGUACCACGAUUCGGACGCACCGAUGACGUUUGAUCUUCUUCGACUCGUGCACCAUCUCGUCGACCGACUUUCCCUCGACGACAAGGUACUUCAUAUCUACACGGUCGAUGACUUGUUGAUAUGGCAGGUAUCCGCUGUUUGUGACGACGGACUGGCUAUGCUGCAGCUCGUUUUGGCCUGCCACAACGAGUACGAAGACCACGAAGGACUGCAAGUUGAAGUGUGCUGCAUCUUGCGCCACUACGCGGCGUGUUCGGAGCGAGACACGUGGGCGACGCCGGCGCUCGCCAUGUCGCUCCGCCACGUCAUGCGACUGCACCCGACGUCGGCGACGUUGCAGCGCGACGCAAGCGACGCACUCGAACGGCUCGGCCUGUAAUACUAUGGUUUUGAGUCUCGU